AUGGAAAAUACACCUGUUAAUGCGGCACAUGCUUUCGCAAAUGCAGCAGAGGAGUUAGGAGAGAAAGAGCAGUGGGGAAAAGCAAUGGAAGCUCAUUUUCGUGCUGCUGAACAAUUUGCUUUGGCGAUGAAUUAUACGUCUGAUCCAGAGGCGAUUCGAACAUUGAGAUUGCUAUAUACCAAUCAUACUCGGCAAGGGAAAGAAAUACAACGUCGCGUAGCCAAACAAGCACAACAAUCCCCAAAGCCACAAGAACAAUUAAAUCCACAAUCAUCACAUCGUACUAGAAGAACAUCUUCAUCUACGAGUUCAAAGUCUAAUGCUAGUAAUUCACAAGCGAAGAAUAACUCUGAACGGAUACAACCAAAUCAAUCUAAACAAAGUUCAACAUUAUCUACCCAACAAACAACUCGUCCAAAUUCACAAGUAACACCCAAUUCAUGUGAGAGGUUAUCAUCUGACAAUUUGAGAACCGGCAAUAAUGAUACCCUUGGGAUAAACAGUUUGACCAGCUCAAGACGAAAUCCAGUAUUAUCUGAUUCUGCUACAUCAAUGGGAGUAUCAAGAACCAACACGAUGACAUCAUCGACUACACAAAGUAUGAUGGACGGUUCUUCAGAUUCAGAAAAGACGAUUGAAGAAUCAUAUAUGAUGCUAAAAGGAAAUAAUGAUUCGACAGAUGAUGAUGACUCGGAUCCAUUCAAUAAAUUCUGGGAUAUUGUUGAAGGAUUGGUUCAAAAAAUAUCUAAUCCGGUUGCCUUUGCUACGGUGCCUCUUAACGGUGCUGACUCUCAAACAAAAUUUGAUCCGAAUACUAUUCAAUCUCCUUUACCAUUUCGAUAUAAUACAGCGAAUGAAAAUAUUGUAGAUGAUUCUAAAGUUGAAGAGCUCAACGCAGCAAUGAUGGAAUCAUUUUAUAUUAUACCCAAGGACCAGAGGCCUAACUCUGGUUCACGAACUUUGGGGCUUCCGCAAUCUUCGUCAGCAUCAUCCGCAUCAACUCCUAAAACUCCGUUGGGCAGUCUAAGUUCGAAUACAAAAUCUUUAGAAGAAUAUUCUAUCGAAAAUAAACAACUCAAAGCUAUAAUAGAUAAUAUGUCAAAGCGAAUGUUAACUUAUGAAAAGGCUGCAGAAGAGAACAAUAUGCUGAAAAGCAGUAUUUUACAAUUCAAAAAUGAUGUUCAGAAACAGGCUAAACGAAUAAAAGCAAGCCAGGAAAUAUUACGGUCAUCAUCUAUAGUAAAGCAACCUUCUCCUGAAAGUUCAACUGUUGGUAAUGCUUAUCUUCAAAGGCGCAUAAAAGAGCUAGAGGAAGAAAAUCGGCUAUUAAGAUCUGAAAGAGACAAACAGCAAGAACUUGUGGCAAAAUACAAAGAUCGAUGGGAAAAAUUAAAGGAAUCUGCUAAAAAGAAACGAGUUAACAAGCAGGCUGAAGCAUCGCCAUUAUCUCAAAAUGAAAAUUCUUCUUCGACUAAAUCUAACUCUGAAAAUAUCCAACAAUCUGAACAUCAAAAUAAUACUUCACCUACAUCUUCAACAUUUUCUAAACAAUCUCAACUCGUUCUGCCAAUUUCACCUACGACAAAUACUACAACCACUACAGUAAAUGAGGUUUCAGCUCAAUCUCCAUCAUCGUCAGGAACAAUACUUCCUUUUGCUCUCCAAAAACCACAACAGCGUCCUGGUGUAGGCGGAAUAUUAGACGUUUCAUCAAAUUCGAAAAAUAACAAUGUAUUUUCAACUCCGCAACGACAUUCCGCUCCGCCUACUACCACAAUUUUACAUGCAACUUCAACAGGUCCUAACAAAUUAAAUGCAGAUCGAAUGAAUUUUAGUGGCAGUUCUGAUAAUAUUGAAGUACCCCAAUUAGCGUUUCUACCACAUCCUCAACAACAAAAUAGAGAAAUUUCUGCGGAAUCAACUAUUCCCCCAAUAUCAUCAGUUAAUAACCCUCUAUUAUCAGCGCGUAGAGAGUCUGCGCCUGCUAUUAAUUCGUCCUCCAAUUCAAUAACGGCCUCGAGCAUGUUUGGAUGGGCUUUAAAAUAG